AUGCGCCAGGGGUCAGAGUUGAAAGUUCACGGGCGGUUCGCAGGAAACGUCCCAAAACAAAUCGGUUCGCAAGAAGCUGAAUACGUUUUCCCAACGUGACUAUCCAAACGAACCUAACUGAACAGAAUUUAAUCACAUAGUUGACCUCUAAGUGUGAAAAAUAUCACGUUAAAAAGUAUCCGUGCUAAUAGCUUUUAAGCUAGCUGAGCUUCUUCUGAUAAGCGCGUGUUAGCAAGUCAGUUUGUCGGCGUGGUUAUCGCCGCCCGGAUCCCUCAACGCAGAAAUGGCAGAAAGGCCAGAAGAUCUCAACCUUCCAAACGCGGUUAUCACUCGCAUCAUCAAAGAGGCGCUCCCAGAUGGGGUGAAUGUUUCAAAAGAAGCACGGAGAGCAAUAUCCCAAGCUGCCAGUGUGUUUGUGUUGUAUGCAACAUCUUGUGCAAACAACUUUGCCAUGAAAGCCAAGCGAAAAACUUUGAAUGCAGGUGACGUCUUAGCUGCAAUGGAGGAAAUGGAGUUUGAGCGGUUUAUGGAACCUCUCCGAGAAGCUCUGGAAGUGUAUAAGAAGGGCCAAAAGGGAAAGAAGGAGGUGUCAGAACAGAAGCGCAAAGAUAAAGAAAAGAAGACAGACUCUGAAAAUGAUAAGAGCAGGGAGGAGGAAGAGGAGGAGGAGCGCAUGGAGGAAGAACCUGAAGCAGAGAACGAGGUGGAGGAAGAGGAGGUGGAAAACUGAGGACAGUUCCUAUUGUCCGAAGGAUGAAAUGCACUCAGUCAGCCCCUGUGAGGUUAUCUCGAGGAUCCCAGUAGAAACUGAUUAGUUUAUUGAAGGGAUCGUUACUUUUUGUCUGCUCUCUUCCAACAUACAAAUGUUAAAACAAAGCACAAGAUUACAUCCAAGUCUCUCUCUUUCCUAUGGAUAGAAAAGCUGUCUUUGAGCACACAACAAAAUGUAACACACCCUGACUAACUGGUUUGUGCUAACCUGGUUCCUUUAUAAUUGUAAAUCUUGGAUUAGCUGCCUCAGAGUAACAACCAGUAAAUAGGCUCAAUUAAUAGCUGAAGCAAAUGCUUUCUUUGCGAUCAUAAUGGUGUGCUAUCAGUUUUGAAUGCUAUGAUUGUUGCCAAUUAUAAUGUUACAAAAUGACAUUUGUUGGAUUGAUACAAUUGAACAACUUGAUCAAGGGGGUUCGAUAUUCUCCAUUCCACAGAUAAACUUCAAAAGCACAAGGUUAUAAACUUUUAUAUGUCUACUGUUGACUUGAUGUGAGCUCCACAGAAACAGUAAAAAACUGAAGUUGAGUGAUAAUGAAUUGGGAAACGAGUCAUGCAUUUAUUUCCAGGUUUGCUGAAGAUGACAGUUUAGAGGUUUUGUUUUUGUUUAUAGCUCAGUGUUGAAUAUCUGCUCAACCUUAAACAUGUCAAUGUCAGAAAUACUGUGCAUUAUGGGGUGCAUUAGUUGCAUAAAAUGGAUCCUACAUUUGUUUACAAAUGUUUUAGACUGCAUAGGGCUGCACCUGUUCUUACAAAACACAAAAUGUAUAGUUUUGUACAAUUUUCAGUAAAUGUUUUUAUUCAGCUCUAAAUAAAAAUGCUCUACAUGUGUAA